UCCCAUCUUUAAGCACCUGCGCAGGUGCAGUACGAGACUAUAUGUGCUGCGCGCCGAGACACAAGCAACUCCCAAGUAUUUAUAACCUUCAUAACUCAGAAGUGCGAAGUUCGUUCGAGGAUUUAAAAUACAAAUACUCUAAUAAAAUCUGAAACGUGAAAAUAGAAAAAAAUAACGUAAGCAUCACGUCGUUCAACAUUAUUGAACACUUUGUAAACAAUCUCGUGGUUAACGUGUCGUAUAGUGUGGUAUUCUAUAUUUUGCUUCCACCUUUAAAGCGCCACUUUUUACAUGACUUUGUGACCGAUAAAGUGCCCCUCGGGUAAAGGAUUUGCCUAUAGUGUAAUACAAGGAUAUAUUGAACAACAAUAGUUUUACGAGAGGUUACAGACAAUGGAAUAUACAAAAAUGGAAGCAUUUAUUCAUAUCCAAUGACAGGAAUUGAACUGACGUUUAUAGUUCCAAUACCAAAGAUGUAUAAUCAUUGGUUGCAAUUGCUAAAAGUGUUCGAUCUAAAUUUAUGGAUAUUAAUAAUUCUUUCUUAUCUAUCUAUUGGCGUAUAUUUUUGGAUUUUGGAAGAAAUUGGAAGCAAUGAACCGAUUCCACGGUUUUCUUCGAUUCUUUCAUAUUUUGUAAUGCAGCCGUUUAAUGAGAUGGAAGUUCCAAGCACACUAAGAUCAAAAUUAGUAUUUGCAUUUCUAUUAAUUUUAGGACUAUUGCAUGGUUCUCUGUUUUCUUCGGAAAUUGUCAGCAAAAUGAUUUAUCCGGCGUAUGAGAGAUUAAUAAUCACCCUAGAAGAUUUGGCGAAUACUAAUUUAUAUACCUAUAUUGAUUAUGAUCAUGCUAAAUUUUUGAACAUUUCGGAGGAUGCCAUGACACAAUUCGAACGCUUAAUAUUUGCUAAGGAUCGCAAGGCCAAAUACGAUACAGAUCGUGAUGAAGUCGCGGUAACAGUACAGCGUACAGAAAAUAAAAUUUGGAAGAUUCUUUCGGGUUCUUACAUGGAAUUAACGGAGUCGUUUUUUUGCAUGUAUUCAAAAUAUCAAUUGGUUUCAAAUAAUACUGCAUAUGUUCAUUUAAUACCGAAACUCAAUAAUUUUAUGCUACUGUGCAAAGCAGCUGGAUUGCAUCGUCGAUGGGAGUGGGAAUUUACUUUACACAUUUAUCGCUUCGUUUCGUCGGAAAGCAGAGUUGAGUAUCGUGUGUCUUUCGAUGUCGCUCUUACAAAAUUAAAAUUAAAACAUGUACGUGCUGCGUUUUUCUUUUGGAGCGUUGGUAUUACUGUAUCCAUUCUCGGUUUUACAAUGGAACAUCUGAAAAAUAUGUUUAUGUCAAAAGUUCAGUAUGUAUAGAUCACAAGUUUGGUCACACCAGUGUGGAAAAAUCGUUUUAUGAUCUUAUAACCAAUGUAACGUAACUUAAGUAAAUGUGACUUAAGUGAAAGUUAGGUUGUGUCGUUGUGUGUACUAGUAUGUAGUGCAAGUUUUUCUAGAUUUCUCAUAAUUUAUAUUUACAUCCUCAGAUAAUUGAAGAAAAUUUGAUGUUUUUAAAAUUUUAAAAUUAACGAAAAUUUUAGUUUAUUUGCUCUGAGUUUAUUCCCAGAUAUUUCAAAACUUUAGGUGGAAAACGUCACAUCUCGCAAACCCUUCGUGAUAUUUUUAUUUUUUCCUUGAAAUUUAUUUUGCGCAAGAAUGGUUUUGGAUGAUGCAUUUCUUACUUUCCGCAAUAUUUUGUUGUAACUAUUUUCAAAUUGCCGCCACACUUUGCCCUUUAUUCGCAAUUUUCAAAACUUUUGGUGGAAAACGACUCAUAUCUAGCGAACCCUUUGCGAUAUUUUUAUUUCUUCUUUCAAAUUUAAUAGCGCAAAAAUGGUUUUUGACGAUGCACUCUUUAUUUUCCACAAAAUUCCGCCCUAACUGUCGUAAAAUGUCCGCCAAACUUUGCAUUUUUUGCAUUUUUUAAAAUGGAAAACGGCUGAUCUUUCGCAAAACCUAUGUAAUAUUUCAUUCUGCACCUUUACCUAUCGGUAUACAGUGGUUGUCAGUUUUUUUUGUUAUAACAUGAGUUGUCAUAUAUUUAUUGUUUGUUUAUUAUAAUAAACAUAAUUUAUUUGC